AUGAUCCUCUUUAUCAACAUAACGCUCAUUCCUCUGUGUGUUGACUUUAACAGUCCGGGAGAUUAUUUUAUUUUUAUUUUUCACAUCAUGUCCGGGAUUAGCACCGUGCUAGUGGCCGGUUCAGUGGCAUGUGGUAUUAUUAACACCCAUGCACUUUUAAGACAAAACCGGUUUAUAUUUAUGCUGAACACAAGUAUUUGUGAUACAAUGACCGGCUGUGGUAUUUUCUAUGAAUUUCUCUUUGAUGUGCGGUUGGGCUUACCUUUUAUGAAUGACACUUACUACAUGUUACCAUCUCUUCUUGGAGUUAAUAUCAUGACGUUCCUAUUCGCCCAGUUUGAACGAUAUAUUGCCGUAUGUCAUCCAUUUUUUUAUGGUCGUUUUAUCAGCAUAAGAGUGAUUGUGGGUGUCAACGUGUAUAGCUGGGUGCAUGUUUACGGUCAGCUGCUCGUACAACACAUGGUGCCACUUUCUACAGCCAUGAAGAUCGCAACAUACAGCAGAAUUAGUUUGUUGCCGAUAAUUUUCAUAAAAAUAACCAUAACAAUAAAGUUGCUUAUCGUGGCGAAGUACCACCUCCUCCGAGAGCCGCCGGGCCAGGAGAGAGACAGUAAGAAGGAGUCCUUGUUGAUUAUAAUAGUGGUGGUGGUCAUGUUUUUUCUGCUGCUGUGGGGCCCAUCCUUGCUCUAUUCGAUUGUAUCUCAGAUGACGGGGAAAGACUUUGUCUUUAAAAACGACGCCGUUAACCCAAUGAAAAAUUUAACCCGCAGCAUCGCUCUGGGUACUCCGUCUAUCUACCUAUGGGCGAGCCCUUCACUCAGGACGGCCGUGUGGAGAACCGUGUGGAGCAAAAUCUGCUGCUGCAAAAGGUUGGUCGGACUAAUUAUGUUAAGGGUAAACUAA